AUGUGGAGCGCGAGGCUCUUGCCGCAGCUGAUGUCCCUGGAGGAUCCUGAGCGCGCGCCGGCGGAGGCGACGCUGGCUCUGGUGCGUAAUGUGAGCGCGCCCGUGGCGGAGGAGGACGGGAGUGCGCACGGAGCACAGGUCACGUGGGUCACGGCGCUGCUCGCGGGGGUCCUCAUCGCCACCAUUGUAGUAGACGUCAUCGGGAACCUGCUCGUGAUCGUGUCCGUGUUCAGGAACCGCAAACUCAGAAAAGCAGGAAAUGCCUUUGUAGUGAGCCUCGCCUUGGCUGACCUGGUGGUGGCGCUGUACCCUUACCCUCUGGUCCUGUCAGCCAUCUUUAACGACGGCUGGAUAGCAGGAUACCUCCACUGUCAGAUCAGCGGCUUCCUGAUGGGACUCAGUGUGAUCGGAUCCAUUUUUAACAUCACCGGAAUCGCUAUCAACCGCUACUGCUACAUCUGCCACAGCCUCAAAUACGACAAACUAUUCUCCAAUUCUAAUACAAUGUGCUAUGUUGUGUUAGUUUGGGUACUAACUAUUCUAGCUAUCGUGCCAAAUUGGUUUGUCGAGUCUUUGCAGUAUGAUCCGAGAGUUUAUUCCUGUACUUUUGCCCAAUCUGUCAGUUCACUCUACACAAUAACUGUAGUUGUCGUCCAUUUCAUUUUACCAAUCGGAAUCGUCACAUACUGCUACCUUCGAAUUUGGAUUUUGGUUAUUCAAGUUCGCAGCAGAGUGAAGCCAGACACGAGAGCGAAAAUCAAACCACACGAUAUCAGAAAUUUCUUGACAAUGUUUGUGGUUUUUGUACUCUUCGCAGUUUGCUGGGCGCCGUUGAACUUUAUUGGGUUAGCAGUAGCGCUGGACUCACGGUUAGGGACGGCCAUACCAGAGUGGUUGUUCACGGCUAGCUACUUUAUGGCGUAUUUUAAUAGCUGUUUGAAUGCAGUAGUUUAUGGAGUUUUAAAUCAUAAUUUCAGGAAGGAGUACAAAAGGAUUGUAAUAAAGAUCUGUACAGGCCGUGUUAAAGCUGCCCUGCCAACGGCAGCUGAGGCUGUACUGCACAAUAUCCGAGUGGGAGAUUCUGUUCUGGUCAAGGAAACCAGACGCAAACACUGGCACUCGCAACGCUGGGUGGGACCUUACGUGGUUCUCCUCAUCACCGACACGGCAGUGAAAGUUGCAGAGCAGGGCACCUGGAUUCAUGCUUCACAUUGUCGGGUUGUCCCUUCUCCACUCGAGGAACCAUCGUGUGACCCUGGCGAGGGCUGCACCACCGCUCCCGAGCAACAAGGGGUAGACUCAAACGCUGCCCUCACCACUGAGACCGGACCAGACCCUUUGGCGGGUCCCAGCGGACGCAAGCCACGAGGGAGACCUCCUGGUUCACGGACACAACUCCGCAUUCCUGAACCUACUGACCGUGUGCUGAGGCCUCGUGGUAAUCGAAACUGA